ACGGCACGUGGACUUAUGGGAAACGGAGUCCUGGUAUUCGUGCCGCUGUCCUGGUGUGUCCUGGCAGGGGGACUUCCGGCGCCCUCGUGCGCAUGUGCACCUCGGGCUGCGCGCGUGUUCGCGCACGCGCACUGCCGCCGCGCUGCUGUCGCUUCCUGUCCGUGCCCAGGUCACCGCUGGCCGUGGUUCCCAGGCUUUGGCCUCCGCUGGGCGAGGAUCCCGGGGCCUGCGGGGCUGGACGCUGUCCGGCCCAGAGCCGGCUCCUCGGGGACGCGGCCUCGGGAGGCGCGGCGGCGGGGACCCCGGGGGAGGGGCGCCGGAGGAGCAGUCGGAUCCUGGAGCCUCGGGAGCCUUGGGGCGGAUCAGCGAGUCCCGCGGGGGUGUCAGCCUGGGCUGCGGACGUGCCGGGUCCCCUGUGUGCACCCCCGACACCCCUUCCUCUGCUUCUUGUCCUCCCCGUGUCCCAGUUCCAGGCGGGUCUCUAAACGCCCCUCAGGACCUUUGUUGUCUGACCUGAGUGUCCAGUGUGAACAAGCUCUACACUUUUCCAAGAGCAGCAGAAAGAUGCGUGAAUUCCAGGAGCCAGUAUCGUUCAGGGACGUGGCCGUGGACUUCACCCAGGAGGAGUGGCAGCAGCUGGACCCCGUGGAGAAGACCACCUACCGGGACGUGAUGCUGGAGAACUACAGCCACCUGGUCUCCGUGGGGUACGACAGCACCAAGCCCCACGUGAUCGUCAGGCUGGAGCAGGGGGAGGAGCCAUGGGUGGCAGAAGGUGACUUCCCGUGCCAGAGCUGUCCAGAGGGAACCUGGAAAGCCGACGAGGUGUGGGACAGAACCCGAGAAAGUGAGGACGACCAUUCGAGGCGAGCAGUCUGUAUCAGUGGCAGAACCCCGACUGGAGAGAGAGAGAGCGCGUUUGACACAACCUGUAGCGCAGAGGCAAGCCCUGUGCCUGCCGGCGCGUCCCGCGACUGCGUCUCCUGCGGAAAAACUGCAGAGCCGGGGGCGGAGUUAAUCACUAGCGACGGGAGCUACGCCAGACAGGGACGGGGCGGGUGCGGCGGAUGCGGGGAGGCGCACCGUGGGGAGCGACCCCGGGCAUCUCAUCCAAACGCGGGGGGCUGUCCUCAGAAUGGGGAAAGUGCUCUUCAGAAAGUGGAUACUUUAGAGAAACCCUUCGACUAUAACGAGUGCAUGGACGCCUUGGACAGGGAAGCUGUUUUCAUGGCCCGUGCGGGUGCUUACGCCGGGGAGAAGCCCUACGCGUGGGGCGACGCCGGGCCGGACUUCCUCCGGCUGUCCGGUUUUAGCGCCUACCAGAGGUCCCAGGUGGAACUGAAGCCCUUCGAGUGCAGCGAGUGCGGGAAGUCCUUCUGUAAGAAGUCCAAGUUCAUCAUCCACCAGAGGGCCCACACCGGGGAGAAGCCCUACGAGUGCACCGUGUGCGGGAAGUCCUUCAGCCAGAAGGGCACGCUCACCGUGCACCGGAGGUCGCACCUGGAGGAGAAGCCCUACAAGUGCAGCGAGUGCGGCAAGACCUUCUGCCAGAAGCUGCACCUCACCCAGCACCUGAGGACGCACUCGGGCGAGAAGCCCUACGCAUGCAGCGAGUGCGGGAAGACCUUCUGCCAGAAGACGCACCUCACGCUGCACCAGCGGAACCACUCGGGGGAGCGGCCCUACCCCUGCGGCGAGUGCGGCAAGUCCUUCUCCCGCAGGUCGGCCCUCAGCGACCACCAGCGCACGCACACGGGCGAGAAGCUGCACCAGUGCGCCGAGUGCGGGAAGUCCUACUACCGCAAGUCCACCCUCAUCACGCACCAGCGCACGCACACGGGCGAGAAGCCCUACCAGUGCAGCGAGUGCGGCAAGUUCUUCUCUCGCGUGUCGUACCUCACCAUCCACUACAGGAGCCACCUGGAGGAGAAGCCCUACGAGUGCGGCGAGUGCGGCAAGACCUUCAACCUGAACUCGGCCUUCAUCCGCCACCGCAAAGUGCACGCGGAGGAGAGGGCCCACGGGUGCAGCGGGUGCGGGGAGUCCUCGCCGGUGGGCUGCCUCGCCGCCCGCCGCGCGAGCCCGGCGGGAGAGGACCCCUGUGCGUGCAGCGAGUGUGGGAAACGCCUCCUCGGGGGCCCGGCCCUGGACGGGCACCCGCCCCUGCCGGGAGGGGAGAGGGCCUACGAGUGCAACGUGUGUGGGAAGCCGUUCUCGGACUUGUCGCACUACAGCGCGCACCACCGCAGCCAUGCGGAGGAGAAGCCCUACGGCUGCCCCGAGUGCGGGAAGACCUUCUCCCACAACUCCUCCCUCUUCCGGCACCAGCGGGUGCACACGGGCGAGAAGCCCUACGAGUGCUACGAUGCGGGAAGGUCUUCUCUCAGAAGUCGUACCUCACCGUGCACCACAGGACUCACUCGGGAGAGAAGCCCUACGAGUGCGGCGAGUGCGGGAAGAAGUUCCACCACCGAUCGGCCUUCAACAGCCACCAGCGGAUCCACAGGAGGGCAGACGCGAGCGUGCUCGAGGCCGGCGGCCUCCUGUGAAGUCCAGUCCCGUCUCGGAAAACCCUCGGGUCAUGAUGGUUUGGAGUCAGGGAUCAUGACGGAGAGCCCGUCUUCUCAGUGGGGAGGAUACUCAGGCGCUGGGUCUACUGUGAUCUGAAUGUUCCCAGAGAAGAGUCCCCACGGAGACAGCAAGAAGCAAAGCCUUCAUCAAGACACUACAACUCAUUGGACGUUAGAUAAUUUAUACGGGAGUAAACUUUAUAAAUAUUUAAUAUUUAUUUUGGAUUCAAAUUGUAUUCACAUAUCAGGGAAUCACGCCAAGGCGAAGUCUGGCGAAGUAAUAACUGAGAAAAUAUUUUGUCUUGGACACUGUCAGACCAGAAGCCAUAUUUGUGGUGUAAAAUCACGUGUUUGUAAGAAAGCUGUCAGCAGUUGCCACCUCGGAGUAAACCUUUGUUGUAUUAAAUGAAGUUUCCAGGUCGUCAGGACCAGAUAAUGAAGCCGGCAGCACUAAUAAUACCCCAGAGGAAGGCUCCGCCACGUUUUACAGAUGCAAUCUAGCAAUACUUCUAUGCAAUUCUACCCUGGGGGCGGAGUCGUGUGUGAGGAGGCAGUGGUCUCAUUUGCAUAACGAGAUGGCAAAACGUUGGCAGGAUGUUUGGGGGGUACAAAAUAAUUAAAUGCAUAGUUUUCUAUUCUUUAGAGGUAUUUAUAAAUGAGUUUCUAAUAAAUGCCUCCUUAAUAGCGAUGUUUGUAUUUUUCAACUACAUUUGAGCAAAAAAAAUAUUUUAAAACGGACUAUUUUCAUAAACUGUGGACAAUGUGGAACUAAGUCUGUGUCAGUGAUACGGGCAGCUGUCCUGCUCCCGCUCCACCGGCUGCGCCCCACCCUGAGGCCGCUCUCGGGGUUAGCCCCCGAGUUUGGUUGGGCAGCGCACCAGGACCAGGUAAUCCAGAAAGUGUACUUGUGCUUUUAUGUCAUAGGAAUCCAGGGGCGUUGCUUUGGGUGCUACCCCUUAUUUCCAGUAUCUUGGAACAAAUUAAUACAAGUCUUGCAGACACUUUUGAUGAAUACGAUGUGCUUUCUCCCCUUUCCUCAGCGGAAGGGUUUUGUGCCUGUCAUUUCUUCACGUGACUUAGAGGGCAGGUCCCAGUUAGUCCAAACCAAUCCCGAUAAUUCCGUUCUGAGUGCCAAGUACCUGUCACAGUGGCUCCCAGACCCCAUCUGGGCUCCCAGUGAGCAGUGUGUACUGCCCCAGGAACGGGAGGUGUUUUAAUCAUCAGAAACGUAGCAUGUCACAUGAGGAAGGUGACGUAGUGGCGGGAAACUGAUGUGGCGGAACCACCCCCUCCUGUGUUCUCCGCCCGCUGUGCAAAGACAGGAGCCUCUUUAAUCGUGUGAAGUGUAUCUUAAGCUACAAUCAGCAGCACUCCUAGGAGUGGAGUAUUGAAAGUUUUCUCCCAAGACCAAAAAAAAAUAGACGAGGAUGUCUGCUAGGACUAAUUUUAUCCGAAGUUGUGCAGACGGACCUCGCCAGGAAGUGGAAGCAGAAACAUCAUCAAAAGACGUAAGGUUUAGGAUGAAGUAACGUUUUCAUUUGCAGGUGGCACAGUUUGUGCAUAGAAAAUCCUGGGUAUUAUACAGAUCAUUAGAAUUAAUGAGUAAAUUUAGCAAGGUCUCUGCAUGUAAGUUCAUUAUGGAAAACUUGUGUUAAUAUAUCA